AGCAAUUAACCUCUGUCAGGGUAUACAAAUGCGAAAAAUGGAUUUCUGCGAGGGCCACAAAACGAUUUCAGAACUUUUGCCUUGGCAAUUGCGAAAUGCCAAAAUGCGAAACACAUUUCGGGUUCAAGUUGCUGAUGGUGAUUGUUGCCGCUGCAAAUGCCACCGCUGCUGGUGCUGCUGCUGAUGUUUUGGAACUUAUCAACACGCCGAUCACCUGCGACAGUUUCCGUUUUGCCUCAGAUACAUGUAGUCACCCAUUGAGACAGGACCUAAUUGCCCCGCACCCAGUUACACUCACAGCUCGAGUUCCAUUCCCACAACCACCAAGCCACCGAACCCUCAACCCAAUACAACCCGAACCCAAGCCCCCGCUCAAGGUGAGCGGUGUAAAAACUUCCUGUGCACUCAUUUAG